UUGUUAGGGCCCAAUUGGGCUUCUCAUGGCCAUCCCCAGUUCCCUUACAUAACCCUAUUCAUAUCCAAAAUCCUUCAUUCUCUCUCUUCACUGCUUUAACCUAGAAAAAACUUUGGCCACCAAAGUGGCUUAACAAAGAUGGAUGAGAGAGUCAAGAUUUUAGCAUUAAUCGGAGGUGGAGCUAUAUUGGGUUCUGCUGCUACUCUGGCUCUUUCCAACCUUCUUUCCAAAAGUAUAGGAAAAGGGCACAUAAGCGAGGCAGUAAAAUCAAAUGGGCUUCCUGGAUCCAAGUAUAAUGGAAUGGCUACUCCAAACCCGUUGACUGAUGAAGUAAUUUCUGAACAACUGACCAGGAAUAUACAGUUCUUUGGCCUUGAAGCCCAACAGAAGGUGACUGCAUCAUAUGUUGUGGUAAUUGGUCUUGGAGGAGUUGGAAGUCAUGCUGCAUCCAUGCUUCUGAGGUCAGGGGUUGGAAGGCUACUUCUUGUGGAUUUCGAUCAGGUGUCAGUCUCCUCAUUAAAUAGACAUGCUGUUGCCACAAGAAAGGAUGUUGGUAUCUCGAAAGCCCUAUGCCUUAAGAAGCACUUCCUAUCAAUUUUCCCAGAGUGCCAUAUAGAUGCAAAAGUUAUGUUAUAUGAUUCAUCAUCUGAAGAAGAAAUUCUCUCUGGCCAUCCUGACUUUGUCCUUGAUUGCAUUGAUAACAUCGACACAAAGGUGGCACUUCUUGCUGCAUGUGUUCGAAGAGGUUUGAAAGUUUUAUCUGCAACUGGAGCUGGCGCAAGGGCUGAUCCAACAAGAAUUCGUGUGGCUGACUUAAGAGAGUCUACCAAUGAUCCUCUAUCUCGAUCUGUAAGACAUCGUCUGAGAAAAGAUCAUGGUAUUGAUGGUGGCAUUCCUGUGGUAUUUUCUCUAGAGAAACCCAAGGCAAAGCUGCUUCCCUUUAAAGGGCCAAGUGGAGAAGAAGAAAAUCCUUCAGAUUAUCAAAUUGUGCCUGGAUUUAGGGUCCGCAUCAUUCCAGUUCUGGGGACUAUACCUGCAAUUUUUGGGCAAGUCAUGGCUUCCUAUGUUGCGACUCAACUAGCUGGAUUGCAAGUCCAGAUGGAACCAGUGGUGAACUUUGAUACGGAUCACUACAAAAUCCUCCAUCAACGCCUUAUUGAACAUGAAGAGUUGAUAUAUGGCACAUCCAUGCAAGUGGAGGUGGAUGUUGAGGAAGUUAUGUACAUUGCCAAAGAGUUGUGGCAUGGGAGAAGUGCAAGGGACCUAUCUAUUAAAGAUGUAGGGCGUGCAAUGUGGCGUUCGGUGAAUGAGUUGAUGCUUGUGAGGUGGGAUAAUACAAAGCCAGCCUCAGUUUCAAAUCUAAUCCUGCUAAGAUUCAAGGAGGCUGACGAACACGAGUCAAGGUCAUUGGAAGAUAUAAAGGAAGAAGAACCAGAAUUUUUUGUUAGGGUGACAACGGUGCUGAAGCGAGCAGAACUGGAGUUUGGCUUUUAAGAGGCACAUGUAUCCAAACUGCUACAAGUGCAGUCUGAUUCAGAGAUUUGUUCAGGUUCAUUAGGAUGGUUCAGGAGACCUGAAAAUCUCACACUAGCAGAAGUAAAACCCAAAAGCCGUCUGAAGUGAAAAUCAUCAAGGUUUUGAGUCUUGUUUCUUAGUGAUAUUUAGAAUUCUUUGAGGAGCAAACAACGUGGAAGUCGCUGAACACUUUGACCAUAGCAAAAGCUUAUUUGGGGGGGGGGGGGGGUUCAUUUUGUUGUUCUGGAAGGGUGGAGGGGGUGGGGGUGUGCUAAUGGGAAUGUAGGAUAUAGAAUUAUUUUUACACUUCUAUUUUUGGUAUAACUGUCCUAAAUACCAAAUGUCUAUCCUCAAAAUGAAGGCCAAUUGCAAAGAGUUGCAUGUUUUGAUUUAGGAGACAAUCACCUAGAUGACACAUUCCCCAUGUGGUUGGUUGAGAACUCUGUCAUAGCUGCAAGUUCUAAGCUUGAGAUCUAAUAAAUUGUAUAAGAUCCGUUAGAACUUCAAGAAUUGAAAACGUGUUUUCACAACUUUGAAUUGUAGAUCUAUCUUACAUUGUCUUCUCGACAAACUUACCUUAUUAGUUUGUUUUAAUUUGAAAGCUAUGAGGUCAAUUGAUCAAACAAGGAGACGGAUAUCACCAAGAUUGGACAACAAUUGCAAUCAAGAGAGGGGAGCUUGAACUUAUUAGAAUUUUUGACGGUUUACACCAUUAUUGAUCUUUGAAGUACCAGAUUUGGGGCAAAUUUCAAAUAUUAUGGGAGGUCUCUUGUAUUUCUCGUGUUGAAUUUAUUUCAUACUGAAUUGUAAGGUCAUACACUAUCAACACUCAGAAACUCAAAUUGAGGUUAAAUCUCUAGUGAUGAUGGUAUAUAACCUUGCAACUCAUUAUGAGAUAAGUUCAACACGUGAAGUGCAAUGAGAUCUCCCAUAAUGCUUGGAAUAUGCCCUCAAAUUUGUUACUUACAAGUUCAAUAUUGGUGUAAACAGUCAAAAUUACAAUUGUUAUCCAAUUUUGCUAAUAUCCUUCUUUAAGAUACUUUAAUGACUUCAUUGUUUAAUCAGUUGACCUCAUGACUUUCAAAUGUUGAAACAAACUCGUCGGUAAGUUUCUCGAGAAGACAUUGUAACAGAGAUCUACGGUUUAAAGUUGGGCAAACAUGUUUCCACUUCUUCAAGUUGUAAUGGAUUCAUACAAUUUAUUUGAUCUCAAGCUUAAAACUUGCAGCUCUGGUAGAGUUCUUCCCAACCACAUGGGGAAUGUGUCAUUGAGGUGAUUGUCUCCUAAGUCAAGAACUUGCAACUCUGUGCAAUUGGUCAUCAUGUUGCAGAUUGUCUCUCCAUUGAACAGAUUGCAACUUAUUUGAUCCAGAGUGAUGUUUUUGCCAUAUUAGUGUUGUACUAUUACGCUUCUCAUUUGUAUGAUAGAACGUUGUUAGUUGGACCUUUCUGCUCA